UUCUGAAAGUGUGACCUAGAGGGACAAGGUCACGGUCUCGUAACACCGAUGCUCAGUCGCCUUAGUUGAAUGUCUGAUCCAGCACUUUGGACACCUCCGGACUCACCGGAGUUUAAGGGGACAGGUGCUAUAUUUUCUGAAGAUUUAGAUGCAGACCUGUUGGCCGAAAUCGAUUAUGAUGUGCAACAACCAGUGCCGUUUUUAGGGUUAUGUUGUGACACAGUAGAUCCAAUCAAGUUUUUGUCACGUAUUGAAACGAAAACAACCGUUGUUCAGUGGGCUGAUCCUCAAGAGAUUUUAUGCUUACUGAGAAACAAAUUAGUCUUGCUGAAGAAAUCCACUUCUGAAUUCCAGCGGGGUUCUGCAGUCCUUAGGAACGAUGUUUCAUUCCUUCUUUUCGCAUUAUAUUCCUCCUUAACGAAAACGGAGUUUGAAAGGCGUACAGUCGUACGAUUAGUUGGCUGUAUCCGUUCAAUUUUGGGUUUCCUGGGACCAUUUGCGAGUUUGGUGAAAGAAGAAAACAAAAAUCUUAUUCAUGCUCACCUGGAAAUAUGGUUGACAGUGCUGAAAAUCUUCAAUUUUCUUUGCAAUAAAGCAGAAUAUGUGGUACUCGUAAAUGAGACGCUUGGAUUAAAACCGCAGAGUUCUUUAAACGCGUGCGGUUACUUUCUGGAUAUUGUGUUGGAAAAUUUAAUACUUUAUUCAGGAUUGACUAACAUUCGAAGGUGCUCGUGUGAUGCACUCUUAUGGGUCGUCAUAAUCCAUUUCGUAGAAAAGACUCAGAAAAACUGGUUCAAAUUCUUCCAUGGGAAAAUGAUCAAAUUGAAUGCUCAACAAAGAGCAGAAUUUCCUGAAUUCAAUACUUUAGAGUGUAUUCGUCCUAAUUUCAAGUCCUACUUUCAAUCCUCAAGUUUAGAUAUUUCCCACCAAUCUUCUAUGACUGUGUGGUCUUUGUAUUGGAAUGUACUUGCAUACACUACUCCCCUACAAAGUUUGUAUGCGGACCAUACAAAUCAAUCUAAGGUUGGGUUGGGGACAUUACAGAAGUAUUCCGUUGUGGUCUGGUUGAUUCGCCAACAGUUCUUAGGAGAGGCUACUCCUAAUAAUAGCGAAGUCCACGUUUGCCUUACAAGUUUACUUCGUUUAUCUGAAACAUGUGGGAUAAAUUUAGAAGUAGUGCGGUCUUUAUGGUUGUAUUUCAAAAGUUGGCUAAGCACUGGAUUUGAUACUUCAAACAGAUCUUCAGGUUUACUUACACCUAGUAUGAGUUUCAGAUGUUGGUACAAUAAGGUAAAACCAGCGUGUGAGGCCAGACAAAAUUUCGUUAUGUUUUGUUCACUUCUUCGGAGAUUAUCGUCAUCCGACACUGAGGAGCUGUGUACAACCUUGAAAAUCCCACUGUUGUCACUGACUAAGCCAAGUAUUUCUUACUACUUUUUCAUAUGGGCUAAUUUAAUUGAAGAAGCUUUGGAUACAUUAUCAGUGAGCAUAGGCAACAUGGAUUGUAAUAAAAUAAGUUUAUUGUCCCUGGUUGAGCACAUUGUUGAGAUAUCUUCCUCGUUAUCGGAAUCGAAUAAUGUCGCCCAAAAAUCAUUACAUAAUUGGGACCCGAAUCGCGGUUGUAUUCUUCUUCAAUGUUUGCAGUAUCUACUAGUUAUGUUUGGAGAAUAUGGAUGCUUGCAUUCGGAAUUAAAUAUUGAUUUGCUUUGUUUGUCACCAGUUGUUGAGAAAAUCAAUGGUGUCAUUAUUUCCUUACGCCGUAGUCUGUCUCUGUCUAACGAGCUUCUUUCUACGGAAUCAGAAUUCGCUUUAACACACCGUCCAGUAGCAUUGAAUCGAUUGUCUACUUCGAGUCGUAUUAGCGACUUCACAUCUAUCUCAAUUCAGUUUCUUGUCGAUCUUCUGCUUCCAAAUAAUUCCACUCAUGUUUCACUACCUUCAGGUCGUAUUUUUUUAAUCAUACAGUGUUUAGGCUCAUCAUAUUUUGAUUCGAUUAGCUGGCCUUUUGAUAUUAAGUGGAACGAAUGCGUCUUGCAAUUACUUGAAGCUGUAUAUUCGUUAGAAUACUCUGAAUCAAACUUAGAAUUGUUUAGUUUCUUUUGGAGUUCUGUUUAUCCUGCGUUUAAAAAGGCUAUUUCUAGACAGAAUACCAAAUGUGCUCCUAUACCCGUGAAUCUAUUAUCGAUCCUAUCCAAAAUUGCAUUAUAUUUUAUUCGCUUAUCCAAUAUCUGUUUUUCAUACAGGAGCGAACAUAAAUCGACUCUCUAUCUUCUUGAUCCCGCUGACCUAUUUGAUUUGUUCACAAUGAAUCCGUCUAUAGAUUUUUCGUUUCAUUUUAGUAUUAUGGAAGCAUUUUAUGGCACAUCUAGUACAAUUAAAGAAUUGGUUAUCAUUCUUAACUCAAGUAAAAAGGAAACUUCUACAGUUGCGUGGUUAUUCUUCGUCGCUUUACUAACGUAUUGUUUGUUUGUUAGAACUGUAAAUUCGUUUUCGACAGAAAGUCAUGAUGAUUUCGUCUUUCCGUCUUUUAUAAGCGAAAUUCGUGCUUAUCUGCCAAAGCAAAUAACCAUUUCAACAAUCUCCAAUUUAGAUCCUGAGACCAUUUUCAUUAAUAUAGCUGCUUAUUUCGAUGAACUCUCUACAUUUCAAGCUCGAAUGUUAUUCAAAUCUAUUUUUGUUGAAUAUAUUGGUCGAUUAAGUGAGUUUAUUUGUACAUGUUGCUCUGUGUCCAGUUCUGCACAGGAAAGUGGUUUUGGUUUGAGUCACACGACACAGAACAGUUUCUUAAAACCGGAGGAUUUAUGUGGAAGCGGUUAUCGAGUGGCAGGGAUGUUAAUUCGUCACUGUUCAAUGUUACUUUAUUCUCCAGUCACUACCGAAGGCUCAGUAUCAAGCUUUGAGAAAUUGGUGGAUCACUUUUUUCUUCCACGACAGUUAUACGAAACACAGGAUCCUAACAGAUUUUCUACUCUCAACGAAUCCGAUAUAUUCCCAUGUUAUGUCAUGGAGUCCAUGCAAGAGCAGCUACCUGAAUUUACACGUGGUAUUGCUCAAUUAAAUUGGAAAAAUGAUCCUUAUCUAUGUCGCAUAAUAAAAGACAUUGUCAAAAUACAUUAUAAACACCUUGGUCCAGGAGCUAUCGCCUCAAUGGUACUAAAUAGCCCUACAUUGGAUUUUCGGACUCAUAUUUUGCAGUUUGCCACUUACGAUCAAAUUAUUUAUCUGACUGAGAGUAAAGCUUUGUCCAUUUCUGGUUGUGAACAAGUGACAUGUCAGCGCAACAUUCUGUCUAAUGUAGGUCUCAAAGCUCUAUUUUUCAAAGCUUUGGUUUCAUAACUAACGUUUUCUCUACUUGACAUUUUCAUGUUAUUAUUCUUAACAACUCAAACUUUUUUGAAAAUUCGAUCCUUUUCUAAAUGAUCUCGUUUAUUAAAUUAAGUCCCUUCAUAUGCCUUUGCAAAUUUGUCAGCGUAUAAUUGGAUUUCCUUGCAUUUUUUUCAUUUGAAAACAGUAGUUAAAAGGUAAGCAAUGUACAAUAGCAUUGUUUGCAGCGUGAUUCGUGGUUAGAUUCUGUGUAUUACAUUUCCGUUGACUACUUUAUAAUAAGACUAUCGCUGUAAGAGACAUUACUGUACAUCUUUGACCUGAAAUGAAUUUCUGAAUGAAUAGAAUGAAAUGUCAUCCCCAAGUCAUGACAUGGGGAUGUCAUGACUGAAAUAGAGGACACUUGAAUUUCUCAUUAGUAUACACAAAAAAUCGCUUAUCCGAAAACCUUAUGAGAUCUUCGACUGGUCUAUAUGAUGUUGUCCUACUCUAGUCUUAAAGUAGCUUUAAAUCACUGGAUCCUCAUUAAGUCGUUUAUACCUUCCCUUGUUAGGUGUAAUCAAGACGAGAAAGAACUAGCCUAAUAAACUCUGUUGUUAUCGCCAAAUACUUCCUGAUUGAUUGCAGCCAAUAUCUAAUAGAGUAGGAAUGGAUGCGUAAAUUGGGAAUGUUUCAAACUUGACGUUUUCUUCAAUUCACCUUUGCUAUUUCACUUCUGUUUUUAUUAGUUAUUCUAUCAAUAAGUUAUCAACGAUAUUGUAAAUCUCAUGACUGCUAUCUUUUAGCGUGAAGAAAGUUCAAUCACA